UAGUUCCCGCCGGGAGCUGGGAGUCAGCAGCCGCUACCCGGGAGGCAGUAGUGAGUCGCUGUCUUUGGAACUCCGGGUUGCAGGGAUGGCGGUUCGUUGGGGCAUCGUGUCAGCCGGCUUGAUCGCCAGCGACUUCACGACCGUGUUGCGGAUGUUGCCUCGCUCCGAGCACCAGGUGGUGGCUGUCGCAGCCCGCGACCUGAGCCGGGCCAAGGAGUUUGCACGGAAACAUGACAUCCCCAAGGCCUAUGGCUCCUAUGAGGAGAUGGCCAAGGACCCGAACGUGGAGGUGGCCUACAUUGGCGUCCAGCACCCCCAGCACCACGAUGCGGUGAUGCUGUUCUUGAGAGCUGGCAAGGCAGUGCUAUGCGAGAAGCCUAUGGGCGUGAACGCUGCAGAAGUUCGUGAGAUGGUAGCCGAGGCUCGAGCCCGUGGCCUCUUCCUUAUGGAGGCCAUCUGGACCCGCUUCUUUCCUGCCAUGGAGACUCUGAGGUCACUUCUGGCCCAGGGAACUCUAGGGGACCUUCGGGUGGCUCGGGCAGAAUUUGGGAAAGACCUUACCCACGUGCACAGAGCUGUCGACUGGGCCCAGGCUGGCGGGGGCCUCCUGGACAUUGGCAUCUACUGUAUCCAGUUCAUCUCCAUGGUCUUUGGUGGGCGGAAGCCAGAGAAGAUUUUUGCAGUGGGAAGGCGACAUGAAACAGGAGUGGAUGACACUGUCACUGUGUUACUUCAGUACCCUGGAGGGGUCCAUGGAAGCUUCACCUGCAGCAUCACUGCCGAGCUGACCAACACAGCCUUUGUAAGCGGCACCAAAGGCAAUGCCAAGGUGCUUGACCCCUGCUGGUGCCCAACAGAGCUGGUGGUGAAGGGGGAGCAUAAGGAGUUCCCGCUGCCCCCAGCCCCAAACAAGGAAUUCAAUUUUACCAAUGGACCUGGCAUGACUUAUGAGGCCAAGCAUGUCCGGGAGUGCCUGCGCAAGGGCCUGAAGGAAAGCCCCAUAGUUCCACUGGCUGAAAGUGAGCUCCUGGCUGAAAUACUUGAGGAAGUGAGGAAGGCCAUUGGAGUCACCUUCCCCCAAGACAAACGCUGAUGUUUUAAUUCCUGAAUCAAUAAAAAACUUGAUUUGCAUGGC